AUAAAAGUGUUUCCUGAUUGGCCGUAAAUUAAUUGUUCCCGCGCUCUCUACUGCAACACAACGAACCUAAAGAAGUUCUUACUUUGUACUCUACCCAUUUAGAAGACGAGAUGUUCAGGUGUGUGAGAGCGUGUGUACAUCUGUCCAGGUGUACACGUGUCGGGAGGAGAGGUCUUCACGGCGCGUCUCAGGCCACUACGGUCGGUGUUGUGGGGUGCGGCAAUGUUGGUGCCGCCGUCUCCCAUAAUCUACACCGUCAGGGCUUCAGGGUGGUGGGGGCGUAUGACCCUGACCCAGCCCGCUACGCUGACCUGCCCCCCGGGGUCACCUGUCUCGCCACCCCGAGGAAGGUCGCUGAAGCUGCUGACGUCAUUGUUACAGGACUCCCUCGGCCACCCAACGUGAAGGAGGCGGCGGAGGGACCAGACGGUAUCCUGGCAGGACUCAGUAAGGAUAAGGUGUGGAUCGAUCACUCUACCACCGACAGUGAUCAAACUAUGGUGUACAGUGAGGAGGCGCAGAAGGUGGGUGCUUACGUCCUGGAGGCGCCCAUCACAGGUGGUCUAGCGUCGCUGAAGAAGGGACAAAUGGUGGUGCAUUUAGGCGGGGAUAAGAGAGUAGCAGACGCCAUGACACCUUUGUUGAAUGCCUCGUAUAGUAAGGUCUUCUAUGUGGGCGAGAUCGGGACAGCUAUGAUGGUGAAAGUAAUAUCCAACAUGCUGGCCUGUGUCCACAUCAUAGCCAUGGGGGAGGUGCUCAUGCUCGGUAAACGCGCCCAGCUAGACUUGAAGACUCUCUGGCAAGCUAUACGAGUCAGUGCAGGAAACAGCUUCGUGUGGGAGACUGGAGCCCCUCUGGUAUUCACUGGCUCCUAUGAUCCAGGCUUCACCAUGGCCUUGCAGAAUAAGGAUCUACAAUUAGGCUACGAUAUGGCCAGGAAAUAUGAGGUUCCAAUGGACAUGCACCUUCUAGCACUAGCAAUCUACCGGAGGACACAAUACCAACUAGGAGAUGACGCUGGUUGCUAUUCGCCUCCUAGGACGUACGAGUUAGCCUUAGGGGAAAGUCUUAAUAUAAGGGACUUUGAGAACUGGACUUACGAUAGUGAAGUGUAUAAGGGAUCUCUUGUUGUGGGGCAUAAUGGAUUAGAGGAGUGAGAGACAGAGAGAGAGAUAGGAGUGAGAGACAGAGAGAGAGAUAGGAGUGAGGGA